AUGUUCACCUCAAUUGAUGCUCUCUUACGACAUGAUAAUAAUUAUAGUCAUAAUCACCGUAAUAAUAAUAAUAAUAAUAAUGAUAUCAGUAAUAAUUAUAAUGACAACAAUCAUCAUAAUACGGCAACUUUAUCAAAUUAUCAAAGAUUGAAUGGAAAAAUAAUUCAUAUUUUACCUGAUAAUAUUUCCUCAUCUACUUAUUCCAUUAAUUCUCUAUCAUCAUUUCCUGGAAAUCAACGUGAUGUGAAAACAUUCUCCGGAAUGGAAAAUAUGCGUCAUAUUCCACCUACAACGUCAACUUCAUCAUCAGCAAUAACUGCUACCAUACCAUUUAUGAAAUCAUCAUCAUCAUCAUCAUCAUCACCUCUGCCACCAACAGUAAUGACAGCAUCGACAACAACAGCAACAACAACAACAACAAUUACUACGGCGACAAGAACAGAGACAACACCAAUUCCAAGUGGACAACUACCGUAUCCAUCCAUGUUCCACACCACUAACAUUCCAUUACUCUAUGAUCAUAUUGCUCUAACAAUAAAUGCAUGGCAAACAUUAGGAAAGAUCCGACGUCCACGGACAGCAUUUACCACUGAACAACUCAUUGAACUUGAAAGAAAUUUCACACAAGCUCGCUACUUAUCACGGCCUAAAAGGUAUCAGUUGGCUCAAAAAUUACAGUUAUCAGAAACACAAAUCAAAAUAUGGUUUCAGAAUCGACGUAUGAAAAAUAAACGUACCGGUUCCGCUAUUUUAAGUUCAAGCCAAGUUUAA